UCACACCAGUACAAAACGCAUGAGGCCUUAAACCUCCAGAAAACCCCCAACAAAGAGCUUUCAGAAUUCCUUUGCUAAACCAGGAACCAUGUCCUCCGCCGCUGCCAUGGCUGCUAGGUCAGCCCUCGGAUCUAUCGUAGCCCGAACCACCAUCUCCGGCAGACUUACCAGCGGUGCCAAAUUGAAAUCACUACGAUCUCCCUUUGGCAUCCCCAAGGGCAAGCAGAGCCCACUCUCCCAAUCCCAUCGCAUUUCGAGGUUUCCUGUUGAGGUGAGUUGCUGUGUGGAAUCGUUGCUUCCUUACCACUCUGCUACUGCCUCUGCAUUGUUUACGUCUAUGCUUUGCAUCUCUUGUAGGAGCUACGGUUGGACCCCUGAAGAUUGCAUUGAUGAUGUAUGAUGAAUGUCGAUGGUUCAAGCACUUGCCCUCUAAAGACAAUAUGCUGAAAUAAAGUCAUGUAUUGCUUGUUUUUCAUGCCCAAGUAGUUCAGUGACAUUGAGCUUUUAUAGAAGUAGGAAGAAACAAGCUCAUAACUGGGUUUGUGUAGGUUGAUAUUCAUGUUGGUGAGGCAAAAUUUUGUUAUAAUUCUCACUACCGAUGACAGUUACCAUCCUUGAGUUGUCCCUACUGAAUAUUCUUUCUCUUGAAGUUUUGGGGACUUUACAUGAGUUCAUAUCCAUUCAUUAUAACUUUCUAUAAAAUGGUGUAUUACAUCAUAGUCACCCCUGAAAAGUGAUACUGCUACAUUUGUGUUUA